AUGCCUAGCCAAGUGAUGUCUGAGAAGCUUCUUCAAGGGCUUCAUUUAUCGGAAAGAGAAAGCCACAGUAAUGCCGGCCAUUACCUCCGGAGGUUGGAGGGAAAAGUGGCGAUCGUCACGGGUGGCGCCAGAGGGAUAGGAGAGGCCGCCGUACGGCUUUUCGCUAGGCACGGCGCCAAGGUCGUCAUUGCGGACGUCGAAGACAUCCUCGGAGAAGCUGUGGCGGGCUCUCUGGCCCCUAACUAUUGUGUCACCUACGUCCACUGCGACGUGAGCUCAGAACCCGAUGUCGAGAGCAUGAUAAGCUCGACGGUCUCCCGCCACGGCCACCUCGACAUCCUCUUCAACAAUGCCGGGGUCCUGGGGAGCCAGUCGGGCAGGAGCAAGAGCAUACUGAACUUCGACGCUGAGGAGUUUGACCGCGUGAUGCGCGUGAACGUCCGGGGGACGGCGCUGGGGAUGAAGCACGCGGCCAGGGCCAUGAUUCCCCAGGGGAGCGGGUGCAUCAUCUCGACGGCCAGCGUGGCCGGUGUCCUCGGGGGCCUGGGCCCGCAUGCGUACACUGCAUCGAAGCAUGCCAUCGUGGGGCUGACGAAGAACGCGGCGUGCGAGCUGGGCCGGCAUGGGAUCAGGGUCAACUGCAUCUCCCCAUUCGGGGUGGCGACGUCGAUGCUCGUCAAUGCGUGGAGCGGCGGCGACGGCGGAAUGAGUUAUGGGGUACCGUGCGAGCAAGAAGUUGAGAAGAUGGAGGAGUUCGUGAGGAGCCUUGCCAAUCUGAAGGGACCAACGCUUAGGGCUAAUGACAUUGCGGAAGCCGCUUUGUAUCUUGCUAGUGACGAGUCCAAGUACGUCAGCGGCCACAACUUGGUUGUUGAUGGGGGCGUCACCGCUUCAAGAAAUUGUGUUGGUUUGUAG